UCGUAGCAAUUAACUCAAAAAUCUACAGAGAAACGCACACAGUGACAAACGAGAUAUUAGUCAAAGUGGGUAGGGGAAGGGAGAGACGCGGAACGCCCACAACACCGAAAGGAGCAAUUUCGGACAAAAUCCGCUAUUAAUCGGUUGAUACAAUUCAACUUUUGAGGUUGAUAUCUCUGGGUUUUGUCUCCUAUUCCCCCUUUCUAUUUUUGAGGAUUUUGAAGAGAAGCGAGGAAGUUAGGGGCACGUGAUUUGCAUGGGUGACGAUGCCAGAAUUGCGUAGUGGAGCACGGAGAUCAAAACGGCUUGGUGAUCUCCAGCCUGCUAAUCCGGAGGAAAAUUGUCUUGCCCCUUGCCAGAACAAAACCAGAAGGAGAGGAAGAGGAAGAGGAAAUGCAAUAGCUGUAGCAAAAGGGCCUUCAUCAGCAACACCCGUGAAGCCAACUGCUGCUGGUAGAGGCAGAGGGAAUAGGUUGAUAAAUAUAGAUCCGGAGCCACCUUGUGAGGUUAUUCCCCAAGCUGUUGCUGUUGGUGUGGGAGAACCAGCAAAUAAGGAAGUCAUGGCUGGCAGGAGUGCAGACAAAGUAAUGGCUGUUGAAGAAGAAGGAGCUAGUACAACACCCAUACCUGAAAGGGUACAAGUGGGUAAUUCCCCCGUGUACAAGACAGAAAGGAAGUUAGGCAAGGGUGGUUUUGGCCAAGUUUAUGUCGGUCGAAGGAUUAGUGGUGGCAUCGAGAGAACUGGACCUGAUGCAAUUGAGGUCGCACUGAAGUUUGAGCACCGAAAUAGUAAGGGUUGCAAUUAUGGCCCUCCAUACGAGUGGCAGGUGUACAACUCUUUGAACGGAUGUUAUGGGGUCCCAUGGGUUCACUACAAGGGCCGUCAAGGAGAUUUUUACAUCUUGGUCAUGGACAUACUCGGGCCCAGUCUUUGGGAUGUUUGGAAUUCUUUAGGCCAGUCGAUGUCACUUCAUAUGGUUGCUUGUAUUGCUGUGGAGGCUAUAUCGAUUCUGGAAAAGCUUCACUUGAAGGGGUUUGUGCAUGGAGAUGUGAAACCAGAGAAUUUUUUACUCGGUCAACCUGGAUCUGCUGAUGAGAAGAAGCUGUAUCUCAUUGAUCUUGGUUUGGCAUCUAGGUGGAAAGAUGCUUCAACCGGUCAGCACGUUGAUUAUGACCAGAGACCAGAUAUUUUCAGAGGCACGAUAAGAUACGCUAGUGUUCAUGCCCAUUUGGGUCGAACUGGAAGUAGGAGGGAUGAUCUUGAGUCACUGGCAUAUACACUUAUAUUUCUCAUCAAGGGAAGGUUACCCUGGCAAGGGUAUCAGGGUGACAACAAGAGUUUUCUUGUCUGUAAAAAGAAAAUGGCCACUUCUCCAGAGUUAAUAUGUUGCUUUUGUCCGGCUCCAUUCAAACAAUUCCUCGAGGCUGUAACGAAUAUGACGUUUGAUGAGGAGCCAAAUUAUUUUAAGCUGAUUUCCUUUUUUGAAAGUCUUAUUGAACCAUGCACAUCAUUGAGACCAAUAAGAAUUGAUGAUGCUCUCAAGGUUGGGCAGAAACGUGGGAGACUGCACAUUAACUUGGAAGAGGAUGAACAACCAAAGAAGAAAAUACGAUUGGGUAGUCCGGCUACCCAGUGGAUUUCAGUGUAUAAUGCACGUCGCCCCAUGAAACAAAGAUAUCACUACAAUGUUGCAGACUCGAGGCUUCAUCAACAUGUAGACAAGGGUAAUGAAGAUGGUCUAUAUAUUAGCUGUGUUGCUUCGGCUACAAAUCUUUGGGCCCUCAUCAUGGAUGCAGGAACGGGGUUUACUUCGCAGGUGUAUGAGCUUUCAGCUGUCUUUCUUCACAAGGAUUGGAUCAUGGAACAAUGGGAGAAAAACUAUUAUAUCAGUUCAAUAGCUGGUGCAGCCAAUGGAAGUUCGCUGGUUGUUAUGUCUAAAGGAACUCCCUAUACUCAGCAGUCCUACAAAGUUAGUGAAUCUUUUCCUUUCAAGUGGAUUAACAAAAAGUGGAAAGAAGGCUUCCAUGUCACAUCAAUGACUACAGCUGGCAAUCGCUGGGGUGUUGUUAUGUCCAGAAAUUCUGGAUUCUCUGAGCAGGUUGUAGAACUUGAUUUUUUGUAUCCAAGUGAGGGAAUACAUCGCCGAUGGGAGAGUGGUUAUAGAAUAACAUCAAUGGCUGCUACUAGUGAUCAAGCAGCCUUCAUACUGAGUGUACCAAGGCGUAAGCUGAUGGAUGAGACACAAGAGACUCUACGCACAUCUGCCUUUCCAAGCACCCAUGUAAAGGAGAAAUGGUCGAAAAAUCUUUACAUUGCAUCAAUCUGUUAUGGGCGGACUGUCUGCUGAGGCCUGAAGGGUGGUGAUGGCUGUUGUAUAAUCUGCAUUUCUUUUGAAGUAACUGAAAUAAAAAUUUUGAAAGCUAAGAUAGUCCAGGUUGGACUGUGGUGACUUGUCUUUAUUUUGUAACCUUUAUUAUCUCUUUAGCUUCCUUAAAAUGGAAAAGGUGCACGAUUGCGUGAUUUGGUAGAUUUGACGCCCUAAUUACGACAAUUUCCUUGACUUCGUCUGAGUAUGCGUGCCAUAAAUAAGUGCACAUUUUGUUC